CGAUUAAAAAUCGUGAGAUCCUCCGUCCCUCUCCCCCCCUCGAGCCCUUCAACGGCGGAUCGCACGGGCAGCGACUCUUCUUUCCUUACUCUAUCGAUCGAUCGCUCUCUUCUUUUUCUCUCGAUCUAUUUUUCUCUCCAUGAUCUCAUCGUAAUCUGGGAUUUCGGGCCCUCGAUCGAUUGCGUUAGUGCUGUUGUUGAUUUCUUGAUUCCAUGGCUGCUCCACCUGCUAGGGCUCGGGCGGACUACGAUUACCUCAUAAAGCUUCUCCUGAUAGGCGACAGCGGUGUCGGUAAAAGUUGCCUCCUCCUGCGUUUCUCGGAUGGCUCCUUCACCACCAGUUUCAUUACUACGAUUGGCAUUGAUUUUAAGAUAAGAACAAUUGAGCUGGAUGGCAAGCGGAUUAAACUUCAAAUAUGGGAUACAGCUGGUCAGGAGCGGUUUCGAACUAUUACAACUGCAUACUAUCGAGGGGCCAUGGGUAUUUUGCUUGUGUAUGAUGUCACUGAUGAGUCAUCUUUCAAUAACAUCAGAAACUGGAUCCGGAACAUUGAACAACAUGCUUCUGAUAAUGUGAACAAAAUUUUGGUGGGAAACAAGGCUGAUAUGGAUGAAAGCAAAAGGGCUGUGCCUACUUCAAGGGGACAAGCACUUGCGGAUGAGUAUGGCAUCAAGUUUUUUGAAACUAGUGCAAAGACAAAUCUAAAUGUGGAGCAGGUCUUCUUUUCAAUAGCUAGAGAUAUAAAGCAAAGGCUCGCUGAAACUGAUACUAAACCUGAGGACCGGACAAUUAAGAUUAACAAACCGGACCAGGCAGCUGCUGAGGGCAAUGCAGCACCAAAAUCCGCUUGCUGUGGUUCCUGAUGGAACAAUUGGUGGUGGUGGUGGUGGUUGGGUGGGUGUUGACUUUGUUGGGAACUAAUUAUCUUGUUAUAGGUCAAUGUUGUUAUGAAGACAGCCAUUAUAUGGUGAGUGCUUGUAUUUUUAAUCCUUUCAUUCUUUGCAACUCCCGGUCUAGUGUGUAACGUAGUUCUUCCACUGCUGGGAACGUAUUGACUAUUUUUCGACAUGGGACCGCGAAGCAUCUUCCCCUUAUAUUCAUCUUUCCUACAGAGGCCAUAGUAUGCCUUCUUUACAUAGGUUGGCGUUCUGCUGGUGGUUUUGUGAACAAACUUGGAAGUGCUUGUUCGGAGUGAAGGCUAUUUACGGCUAGCUACAAAAUUGUGUGAUGAUUUGCAUCAAUUGGUAUGUUCUUAUCCUAUCAGUAUGGCCAAAAUGUAGGGAUCUCUACUAAUCAUCGUCUACACAAGAUGUCAUCAUAAAUUCUCUAUUUUGUUCUCA